AUGUCGAUUCAAAGCAUAAAUAAAUUAUCACGAUUAUUUCAACCAAUUUCUUCUUGGGUAGCAACCAGGAAGAAACUGGAAGUUCCCUCAAAAAGUUAUGAAAAUUUAAUUAAAUAUGGAAUAAUAAAACAUGUUAACAGUGGCAUGUAUGCAUUUCUACCUUUGGGUUUACGUGUCUUAAAUAAACUGACAACACUUGUCGACAAUGAAAUGGAUAAAAUUGGAGCACAAAAGUUAUUGCUUCCAGCUUUAACACCUGUACAUUUAUGGAAGAAAACAGAUAGAUUCAAAGACAAUGCAACAGAAUUGUUUAAAGUGAAAGAUAGAUUUGAUAAAGAAUACAUACUUAGUCCAACAUAUGAAGAAACUAUUUGUACUCUAGUAUCAUCCAUAGGAGUAUUAUCACCAAAAAUGUUACCCUUAAAAUUGUAUCAAAUUUCCAAUAAAUGGAGAGAUGAAAUGAAGCCACGUCUCGGAUUUUUAAGGAGUAGAGAAUUUGUCAUGAAAGACCUAUAUACAUUUGAUGGAAAUUUAAAUCAUGCACAAGAGACAUAUGCAUCAGUAGGUGAAGCUUAUGAGAACAUAUUUAAAAAUAUAGGUGUAUCAUGUAUAAAAGCUGUUGGUGAUCCAGGAUUAAUUGGAGGUUCUAUAACUCAUGAAUAUCAUUAUGUAAGCAAUAUUGGAGAAGAUAUUGUUUGUGUAUGUUCAUCUUGCCAAUAUGCUAUUAACAAAACUAUGACUAAAGAAUUACAUUGUCCUCAAUGUAAAAAACCAUUUCUUGAGCAAUGCACUGCAGAGGUAGGACAUACAUUUUUAUUAAAUACAAAAUACACAGAACCUUUAAAAGUAUUACAUAAAGUAAACAAUGUAUCAACACCUUUAGUAAUGGGUUGUUUUGGACUUGGUUUGAGUCGUAUUUUUACAGUAAUGAUAGAAGUAUUAUCUACCAAAGAAGAAUUGAGGUGGCCAAAAAAUUUGGCACCAUAUACUGUAUGCAUUAUACCACCAAAGAAAGGUAGCAAGGCAGAAAAUGGAUCUCAAUAUGUGAAUGAAAUAAUAGAAAUUUUAGAUCGGCUAAAUAUUGAUGCUAUUUUAGAUGAUAGAAUACAUUUAUCUAUUGGAAAUCGUUUUAUGCAUGCGCGAGUAACCGGAUUCCCUUACGCUAUAAUAAUUGGUCAAUCCAUUAUGGAAUCUCCACCUCAAGUUGAAAUUCACAAUAUAAAUGAUUUAACAAAUUGUAAAGUACCCUUAGGCAACAUAUCCACUUAUUUUAAUAGUGAAAGUAUUAAAACUUAA